ACUUCAUUCCGGUUUCCGGAUAGCUUACCUCCCAUCGACGGUCGGUGAGCCGUUGGUGAGUGGCGAGACAGCGGGUGCGCUGGGCAAGAACAGGCGACGAAGAAGAUGAGCACGCUGGACACGCGGACGCUCAAGGACGAGCUGACGAGCAUGGACAGGAAGUGCCUCGUGGACCUCGGCCACCCGCUGCUCAACCGCGUCGCCGACAGCUUCAUCCGCGCCGCUGGGGUCGGGGCGGCCAGGGCCGUCUCCAGGGAGGCCUACGUCGUCACCGUCGAAGGGCUUUCAGGAGACUCGUCCGGGCUAGACGCCGACGGCGGCAAGCGGAGCCAUUUCUCCAGCAUCAGAGGUGACGACGGCCAGAGGUCGCUCGACGCAGUGGUAAAAACGGCCGGCAAGGAGGCCUUCCAGUGGGGGUUGGCAGCCGGAGUCUACUCAGGGCUCACGUACGCGCUGCGGGAGGCCAGGGGAUGCCACGACUGGAAGAACAGCGCCAUCGCAGGCGCCAUCGCUGGGGCGGCGGUGGCGCUCACGGGUGACGCCGGCGGCCACUCCGACAAGCUCGUCAACUUCGCCAUCACCGGCGCCGCGCUCUCCAGCGCCGGGAGCUUGCUCUCCGGCAUAUUCUGAUUGGCCCCCAGGGCUGCACCCGCCUGACACGGGUUCGCUGCCCGGUUGAGCCCUUCAUCCGAGGGGUUUUAGCAUGAAAGGUUGAUUUCAGGCCAGCAAUGAAAUAUGUAUUCCUAGGGCCCUGCCGGUCUAGCACUGUGCGCUUCCAGUGUAAUCGUUGCUUCGUGUACGAGUUUCAGACAUUUCGAAAUA